AUGUUCCCACUGGAAUACUGGGUAUUGACUUUUUUGCAGUACUAUGAAGUGCUUGUCGACUUACGUAGACUGCGGUUGAUCAACCCAGCAUCGAAUAUGAAAGCCACUGGUCUCAAAGCCCGAACAGACAUUUACAGAAUCACGGGUUUAAUGCCUGAUAUCCCUGUGGAUUUCCAGACAUUGAUCGCCCAAUUCCCCACGUUGGCUAAACCUAUUAAGGGCUUAACACCAGUGACUUAUCGUGUUGCACAAUACAUAGUCACUAAGGGUCCACCAGUCACUCCCCAUGUUGACUAA